ACAUCUGAAGGGGGCGGGCAUUGAGCGGAAAUUAAAGUACGACAUGACUCACAGAGAGCUCGUUGUUACACUGCAGAAACGAGUCUGAACCAUAACAAAAACUGGUCCAUGUCCCUGUAUAGCAGAGGCUUUAUUACAGUCUUUGGGGACCUUUUUGUCCUCCGGGGCGCUGUUUUCAGCACUCCACCUGUCCCUCAGGUAUUAAAACUACCACUUUUGCUUUGUGCUGCUCUGUCAAAAGAGUUCUGUCAUACAUGAAUCAAGUCCUUUUGCUAACCUGGUAUCAAGACCCCACCAAUUUAAAGCAAUAUUAACAGAAUUUUCAGCCACUAAGAGUCAACAAAACAGCCUGGAAACACUUUUCACCUCAUGAAGUUGUUGUUGUGAAUGCGUUAGCUGUUGUUAGCUGUUGUUAGCUGUGUGUGUUUACUCAUCCAGCACAGGCAGAGCAGCAUUAGCAUGUUGAGGGGGUGCUCUCUAUAGCUCAGCAUAUGGUAGUCCACUAAUCACAGGGUUGGUGUUUGGAUCCCGGCCUCUAUCUGUUCACAUGUUGAAGUGUCCUUCAGAAAGACACUCAGCCCCAGUUGCUUUCAGGGAUACCUUUCAUAGUAUCCCACUGCCAUCGCUGUGUGGGUGUCUGUGAAGAGGCAAAGACAGGCCUAUUAAAAAAAUAGAUUAAAAGUGCUUUACAAGUGAGAAACCAUGCCCGAUGCUGGCCUGCAUUCAUAGAUGCAAUCCAUCUCAUUGCAUUUGGAGCUGUGUUUCUGUCCACCAGCAAUAUUUACUCUUCUUUUACGAAGCUCUGCUUUGGUCUCUACCAACUCCUGCGAAAAAGAUAUCAUCCUCUGUAUUAUCUUUUAUAUCAAGUUUAUUGAUAAACCAAUACAAGGAGAGACAUACUAUUUGUAUAUUAUUUCAACACAAUCGUUUCAGCUUGACCUACACUUACUAUCUGAUUAUGGACCCUAAUUUCCCAUGUUUUUGUGUCCAAGUGAGUUGUGCAGACAACAGUUUGUUUUUAGUAUUCCACUAAACGAGCUCCAAUGUAAUGUAGUGUUUGCACUCGUAUAUCCACUAAAAGUGUUUGAUUUGGUCACUGACAGGCUCUGAUUGUUAUUGUAAGUGUCUGAUGACAUUAUGGAAAGGAUCCCUACAGAGAAAAACCUUGUUGUUAAAGAGUAAAGUCUGUUUUGCUGAACCAGAAACACCGGUUAUGUUGCUGUCGCCAAAGCCACCACACUCUGUUCACAAAAACAUUGAUUUUAUCACUUCAUUCAUUCAUCGUUUCUCUGUCCCAACAAUCACCGCCAACUCUGGAUUGGUUGAAAUAAACUCUUAAUUCACCGAAUCGGGAGAGGAGGGAGAGAGACGGCAGACAUCACAGGAGCAGCAAAAACGACUUGUUUAGCUGGAAUAUUUUCACAUCGAACUGAGGAAUUAUUUUCACUGGACAUUAUGACUGGAAAGACUUAAAUAUGUCUGACUUCAACAGAUUUUCCCAUUGAAGAAAAAGUGACUCCUGUUCAUCUUCAAUGCAGCUGCCGCAGUGGUGCUGCUUUUUUCCCCCCACAAUUGAUACGAAUUGUCACAAUUGAAUGUAUGGAUUUUUUUUACAAUUUGAAUUUGAAUUUAAGUAUUCGUUGACAGCCCUAUUCCGCACAGACUGCAAGGAGGGUUUGUAACAACGAAACCACCAUUUCAAAUCAAUGGCCCACCAGAUGAAGUGACUGUGUUGAUGUUAUAUUAAAUCAUAAUUUUUUACAUGGUGGUGCAAUGGUGCUGUCAGGAAAGCAGUUCUCCAAGCUGAUUUGUGAUUUCCUCAUCUGAAAGCUGUGAUCAUGUUUGAUUGGUGUUUCAAUUCUACAUGCACCUGCACCUCCUCACCAUGAAUCUUCACCAAGCUCACACAGUGAUUCUGUUCAGCAUAAUUCUGUUUAUAUGAAGUUAUUUUUUCUGCUUUCCUUCAGUUGAGGCAACUGUUUUGUCCACAUGCAGAUGCACAUAGUUCCUGUUUUGUUUUAGAUGGAUAGAUAUACUUUAUUUAUCCCAAGCUGGGAUAUUGCAGCGACGGGAGCUGCUGCUACAAGCUGCCACCUGGGAUGGCGCCAAAAGCGAUGAAUGAGUUUUAGUAUGGGGGCUGUUCCCAGCAGAUGUGAUGGUGGCACUUACAGCACAGUAUCACAGAGUGGGCAAGAUGACACCCAGCCAAUAAUUGAGAAAGAUGGCACCAAGAAGGGGGGUUCCAGCAAGAGGCACAGCUCAGGAGAAACAGUGGACUGUCCCACCUGCCAGGGCACUGGACGUAUACCCAGAGGCCAGGAGAGCAAACUGGUGGCUGUCAUCCCCUGCACUGACCAGAGGCUGAGGCCCAGACACACGAAGCUGUAUGUUGCUGUGUCUGUUGGCGUGUGCCUCCUCGUCAGCUCCCUGGUGUUGUUCUUCCUGUUUCCUCGCUCCGUCCUUCUUUCUCCAGUAGCCGUCAAGUCAUCCCUUGUUUACUUCACUGACCAGGAUGUCCAGAUUAACAUCACGAACCUCCUGAACAUCACCAACAACAACUUUGUGGCGGUGCAGGCCUACAAUCUGACCGUGCAGGCUCUGAACUUCGACAUGGUGGUGGGAACAGUUGCCAUUAAGAAUGUGACCUCUGUCAAACCUCUGUCUGUCAAAACGUACUCUUUUGUGAUCCCCAUCAGUCUGGCAGAUCCUGGCAUGAGUAACUACUGUAAGAAAGCUUCCUUGCCCGUCCACAUUCUGUAUCUGCAUCUGCAGAUGUCUAUGACGGUGUACUACCUGGCCCACUAUGAGCAGCUCUCCCUGGAGACGUACGAGUACAUUGACUGUGGAGCAAACAGCACCAUACCACACAGUGUGCAACCCCCACCCCCUCCGAUGGAUGGUGGAUGAAUGCACAUAUCGAUAAACAGAUGAACAAAUACUGUGGAUAUACUCUGAGAUGGAAUAGUUGGGCCUGCAAUGUUUUUUUUUUAAUGUUUUUUUUUUGUGUGUUGUUUUGCUAAAAUAUUGGAUGAGAUAUAAUGUGACACCAGGAUGCUAUUAACACCCAUCCUGGAUGGAGGCAUGAAGGGGCCUGGAAAGAGAAGAUGAAUCUGAGUGAGGACUAGAUGAAGAAGGGACUCCUUUUAGCCCGCCCUACAUGUGAACAAAGAAUAGGUUCCCAUGCACCACUCCUACCAUCUCUGCAGACGGUUUUGCAGAGGAAACCCUGAAAAAACUUUUGACCUUGAGUGGAUGUUAAGAGGCUAAGGCCGACAUGAAAGCAGUGAGGACACAGUGGCAAUAUGAAAGCUGGAACAGAAAUGCCAGCUGAGGACCUGAAUGUAUUCAGUUGAGCGCUGUUGUUGAAGUCAUGAAAAUGUUGUGAUUGCGUGCGUUGCUGUAGAAGUUCAUCACUGUCUGAAAAUCACUGUUUAAUAAGUAUAAGUGCAUCUGAUGUACUCCUUCCUGAGCUGAAUAAGAUACAGUUCAUGGGUUGUAAUACAAGUAUUGUCUAAGUGAGAAUUGCACUUAGCUUUGUCAGUAUAAUGCAGCUGUUUAAUAAAAUUAUGGAUUUAAUCUCAUUUUAAAUUAUACAUUUUUAUCUAGUUUCAGCAGUACGUGGCUUCCAAUCAUGCCAUACACCCUCCACCAAUAAAAAAUGCUGAAACACAAUUUUAAAGCUGCACUUGUCAAUAGUUUUAUAUUAACAAUGGAUUAAAUUACUGCAUGCAAUGUGGAAGGUGGUCAACAGGGAAUCAACUCUCAAGUUCCUCUCAGCUCCACAGAGCCUUUAAGUGCUAUACAUUACCUGUCCAGCCCCAAACAACAGACAGGCAGGCAGACAGGCGACCAAACCAAACAAAAAGAGAAGGACUGUUGGACUUCCAUUCAUCAGACGGACAUAAACAUGACUCCAAAUAACCACAUAAUUGUUCAGUUGGUUCUGCUGCCCCCCACUGGUACAAAAUAUUAACGACAGCAAAUCAUGAGAUUGAAGGUAUGGUAUGAUUUCAGAUCUAAAUUUAAAGAGAAUACGUGGACAGUGACACGGUGCACAUUAUCACCACACUCAGCACACACACAUCUGUCUACUCAUGACACAAAUCCCACAUUAACAUCUGCCAUCAUGCAUUUACCUGGACAAAACCUGCCCAGGCCCAGGUAUGCUGGUAUAAUUCAGCAUUCAGGGAAAUGCUUCUGUUUGCUUUCUGGCAGACUGAUGAGAAGAUGAAUCGCUCUCAUGUAGUUAAUAUGAAGCAGGAGCCAGCUACACCUGCUGGACUAUUUCUUGGCUCACAGGAGUUGCUCUGCAACCAGUGGAGACUACAGCAGAUGACUGAAGAAGGUCUUCACUGAAUAUUGAGAGCUACACUAUAUGGUUGAAACAUGCGAAUCCACAUUCUUUACUGGUCUGGGUCUGUUAUUCCUGGUCUAGACGACUUUGUUUCAAUGAAGGGAAAAGUAAAUGCUGCAUUAUAGGCCUGCACUGAUAUUUUAGACAACAGCAUGCCUCCAACUUUGUGCUAACAAAGCUAGCGCCGUACAGUCCUGAGCCAGUCACUGAUGCUCCAGUGGCCCCCUACUUUGAGAGUGACAUGUUCAGUUAUCAUAUUUGGAUGUUAUGCUCAGUUCAUGUCGAGCUUUUAUUCCACUUUGGUUCAUUCACUCAUUUUCAUGUUUGCUGUUCUGUUUGUUUUAGAGAUGAUGUUGCUGCUCUACACAUAAUGUACCUGCUAACUGCACGACACUGAAGCCUACACUGAGCUUAUGAGAUGUUGUAAUCCUAGUCAGUCAGUCGUAGCAGCUGAAUCCACAAGCUUUGUUUUAGCUUUUUUCUUGGUUGCUUUGGCACAUUUGUCAGAUAAAAAUUAUGAUUUUCAACUAG